AUGUCGAAGGGGGGUAAGGAGGCUGUAGAGCCUGCUGGGGCUCUGAGUGUCUGUACACCGAAGACUGAGGCGUUCAGUACUUGUCUAGAGAUGCAAGAAAAAGGAGCCAUAACAGAGAGGACUUCGGGUGUAUCUACAACAGAUAAGUGUAUGAUAUCUCGUUGUGAAUGGUGGAUAACAACAACAGCUUUCUUUUUUUUAGGUAUGAGCUCUCUGUUUGCUUGGAAUAACGUCUUAUAUCUUCUUCCUUAUGUAACGGAGCACUUCUUGGACGGCUACGAUGCAGGAAAUUCUUUACUUGGGGUGUUUCAGGUUGGUAACUUAACAGUGCAGGUAUUGCUGAUGUUUGUGGGUACGGUGAGAGAACGAUGGCUCCACCUAGGCCUCUUCUUGGGCUCUAUCAUGUGUGGGGUAUUUGGCCCCUGUGUUAUAUAUGGAAGUGUACAGACCCGUAUUGCCUUAGUACAUGUUCUCUGCUUUCUCCUGGGGAGCGGCAGCGGCUUCGUUCAGGGCAGCGGUUUCUCUUAUGGGGCUAUUAUGCCUGUUAACCAAGUUGGUGUAUACAGCGCAGGCCAAGGCUUUGGUGCUAUCUUCUCUGUUGUAUUGGUGGGGAUUCUAUCGUAUACUGUGGUGGAUAUAGAAAUACAAAAAGACGUAGAAACCCUCGUCAACGUCACAGCAGGAGUCAGUGCAGCAGUGGGGGUUGUUUGUAUUCUCCUUAUGGCAACAAGCAUCAGACAAGCUGGCGCUAAGAGAGCUGUCGCCGAGGCUCUUGCUGAGGGAAAUAACAAAAAACAUAAGAGUGCUGAUGGAGUUCAAGGAUCCGCCAGCAGCCCAACAGAGUUGCAGGAGGUCUCUGUGUCUUCUGCUGUUCCUGGGGCCUCUACUGAGCCUGUGGAGGAGAAGAGAAACGCUCUGCUUAUCGUGCUGCGGCAGUCAGGUGUACAGAUCGCCUGUGUGUUUUUACUUUUCUUUGUUACCUGCAACCUCUUCCCCCGUGUUGGCCCCCUUCAGUGGGAUACCAGCAACCCCCCCAAGAACCACCUUGUGUGGCUGUUGGGUGUAUUUCCAUUCGGCGAUACACUGGGGAAAUGUCUGUGUGCAUACGCAGAACAGGGGCGUUUGUUUAAGGGGUUUGUGUUGUUCUCUCCUCGGCUGAUGCCGUGGUUGACGGUGCUGCGGUUUGGGCUGUAUAUACCCUUCUUUCUGAGCAAGCAUCUGCAUGAGAAUGCUGUGUUUAAUGCCUUUUGGUUUCAGAUAAUAUUAAUGGUUGUUCUUUCUGUUACUCAUGGAUGGUUCGCAACGCUUGCUUUUAUAUACAGUGUAGAUGCUGUGCCGAAUAUGGCCGAUAGGAAACACGUGGGGCCUGUGGCCAUCGUCAGUCUUAUUCUAGGGAUCUUAUCGGGUCUUUACUUUGCUCUUCUCUACAGAUAA